AUGUUUGAUUACGGUGGUGAAGGGGGAUGGAGAGGCGGUCUCUCUUUUCCUCUUGGGAGAUGGGCGGAGAUUUCCUUGUUCUUGGAUGGGAUACAUCCGAUGUUUCAAGACCUAUGUCAAAACGACAACAAAAAGAUAAACAUUGGGACACCAGAAAAUCAAAAAGGCGAUGGAAGCGGUUGCGAUGAUAUUGUAGCUCAUGCUUUCAACGUACCAAUUGAGCGUGUUAACUUGGAAGAUAAUAAGCGUAGCGGCCGAGGUGAUAGCAAUGGUAAAGGGCUAGCAAAUGAUUUGCGUUCAGAUGAAAAUGAAUUGGUUGAAGUUCAUGCGAGAAGUGAUAAAGAAACAAAUAUAAGUCAAGACAAAGGAAAAGCCAUUUUGGACGAAGCUGUCGAUGGAGUAGUGGACGUGCCAAUCGUAGAUGUGAGUUCGGAAAAUGAUAGACCUAAUAAUCAUACAAUGGGAAGCUCAUCUAAACAUGUCAUGGUUGAUGGUAGCAGCAGAGGUGGUAACAGUAGUAAAGGGCUAGACAACAAUAUUUGUUCAGAUGGAAAUGAAUUGGUCGAAAUCAAUAAGAGCAAAGACAAAAAAAAAGCCAUCUUCGACCUGAAUGAAACUGUUUGGCCAGAAGAUGAACCAUUUUCAAACAUAUUUGAGACAUGUGGAGAAAUACCGAAAGAUUGUGAGCAUUCUUGGAUAUGGAAGGAAGGUUCUGGUCAUGUUUGUUGGAUAUGUGGUACCAUUGACAAGGAUCAUCCGUUGCCACCCGGGUUUGGAUCGGAUAGCUCCAAAGAUGUUAACCCGGGUUUAGGAACUGGCAUUUACCCUCACCCGUUGCACCAAAGUUGUAUGAAUCUUCGUCACAUGGAGAUUUUCAACUUUUUCUGCAACAAUUUGGCUGUGGAAAACCCAAAUGGAUGCAUUCUAGCUCAAGCUCCUGUUUCUGAAAAGAUAUUCUUGCUGAUCAAUUUCAUCUAUGGUUACCUUGCGAAGCAUCCAGAUAGUAAAGUUCUCUUUGUGCUUCCCAAAUCGAUGUCUCAGCAACUAGAGGUUUUAAACCGAUGGAUGUGUAACCGGAGUAUAAUCUUCUUAUGCGGCAAGCAGUUUUCCAACAUCGUGUUUAAGAGCAGUGGUGUUGAAGUAGAAGCUUCAAAAGAUUGUAGGAGUAUUCUCGUGAAUGUUCCUUCACUGGUCAUCUUCGACAGAGGAACUGAUCCCAAGAACGAGAUGAUGGGCGUUCUUAGGGAUGUUGCUCGUAUCAAAACGCGAAACAAGAUUCUACUCACUAGCACGUUAUACCAUAACAACAUAAAGGAUGUUUUCAACGUUGUUGAUGUUGCUUUCCCUGAGUUCCUGAGACAUAACCAAGCUGGGAAACAGCUCUCAAAGUUCUUGAAGGUUGAAUCUUACACUCAUGAUCAACCUUUAAUGGAUUUGGAGGAAGCUUUGCUUAGUCAAGAUUCUGAUCAUGGAGUCAAGAUUGGUUACUUAACCGAACUAAGGAUGUUGACAAACAAGAUCAUUUACAAUCACAAUGGAGAGUUCCUUCGUGAAGACCCGGGAUUGAUGGACUUCACGGUGGUCUUAAAACCGACAUUAAGCCAAAAGUCAGCAUGGGAGGCUGAAAAAAAAUCCAAAACGAAGGGAUUCAAAACAUCCUCUAACUUGAGCGGAAUCACGCUUCACCCGGUGCUAAAUGCUUUCUCAGAUCGGGUUAAAGGUCUUCCCCCCCCUAAAAAAGAUGAGAUGGAUGAGGUUAUCAAGUCAAUCGACGAAACAGAUGGCGUAAAAACAAAAUUCUUCCUUGGUUUGGUGAAGUUAUGCGACUAUACAAAUGAGAAGAUUAUUGUCGUGAGCCAAUAUGUCAUCCCAUUGAUAUUUCUCCAGAGGCUUGUGGCUAAGAAUAAAGGUUGGGAAGAUGGCAAAGAAACCUUCAUGAUUAAAGGUGACACCAGCCUUUCUGCUCGUGAAAUGUCAAUUAAUCAGUUCAACAACUCGCAUGAUGCGAAAAUCUUCUUUGUGUCAAUCAAAGCAUGUAAUGAGCAGAUGGCUCUUACGGGUGCAACAAGGGUUUUAAUGCUCGACGUCAUCUCCAACACUUGUAUUGCUCGACAAGCCAUAGAGCUGACGUAUCGUCGAGGACAGCAGAAGAAAGUUUAUUCCUACAGGCUGGUGGCUGCGGACACAUCAGAAGAAGACGAAGAGAUCAUCGCAGCUCGGAAGGAGAUCAUUUCUGGAAUAUGGUUUGAUGGGAAGACUUAUCCCGUUGAUGGCAAAUUUUGUAUUCCGACCAUCGAUGGAAGCUACACCAAUGACUACCUCCUUGGAGCUUCUUAUAUGAGGGACGACAUCAAAACCAUACACAAAAGGUAA